GAGAGGAGAAGCUGAGUGCCUCAUAGCUCGCCUCGCGUCGUCUUGUUUUUGUUCUCACAGUGGUGUACAAGACUUCUGAAAUAGCCAGUUGUUCAUAGAUAUUACUCGAGAAGGGAUUAAAUCGCCCAAAAUGGAUCCAUUUACUGAGAAACUGUUGGAGCGGACCCGGGCUCGCAGAGAAAACCUGCAGAAGAAAAUGGCAGAGAGGCCAAAUGCAGCAAACAGACCGAUGGUCAAAAGGCCCAGAGAGCCACUGGGUGACACCAAUAGUGUGCUCAGUGAGCCAGUCAUUGAUAAAGUCCCACAGGUGUCGUCUAAACCUUCUCCGUCCAAGCGCCGGUGCUCAGGGGAAAAUGUCCAGCCUGCAGCUGGUGAAGAGAACCAAGAGCCUAUCAUGACACGCCCUGUGGCUCCUAUGCUCUCGGAUCCUCCUACAGACAAGAAACCUCCAGUGGGGCCGGGAAGCAGACUUUCCUCCUCCCAGGGGAAGACUGAUGCCCGGCCUGUUGUCCAGUCUCAGCCAGGGCAGCUGAAACCUGUACAGCCAGAGCCAGAGAAGAUGGCUGUCACCCCUGCUCCUGAUAAUCUGAGCAGCAGAGAAGCAGAGAUGAUGCCUGCCAGUCCAGCCCUCCAGAGGACAAAGGAAUAUGCAGUGGAAGAUGCUGCUCCAUGUGCUGGUGGCAUGAAGUCACGUCUACAGAGGCUAGCUGAGCAAAGAAAAUGUUGGGAUGGAGAUAGUGCCUCUGAUGAGGUUCCAGACAGUACUCCCCUAUCCCCGUUGAAGAAACAAGCACAGGUCCCGCCAGCUGUUGUCCCCUCCGUGUCCUCAGAAGCUCCACUAGGGAGACGAGGCAGACUGGCCAAUCUCGCUGCCACCAUUGGAUCCUGGGAAGAUGACCUAAGCCAUGCUAAUAUCCCCAAAGAGAAUGCAAAAGAGAAGCCUGGCACAGCUGUUCCAAAGUCAGGCAUCAGAGGUGCCACUGUGGCUGCCAGCACUAAGCCAAGAGCUGCUGAAGGCCACGCGGUGGACAAUUCAACUGCAAUCAACAAGUCCACAUUCAGCUCUAGUCGGCCGGCUGUGUAUUCUCCUGUCAAGUCCAGCCAAGUGGUUCCCCCAAGCCCUCAGAAAGCUGACCUUCCUGCAGCCAGACCAGCACCUCAGUCAGUGGUCAGUCCUCAGAAGAGUUCCAAACAGGGGAUGACCUUCACCUCUUGUCCUCAGAAGAGCUACAACCACGGAACAGCCUUCCCACCCAGUCCUCAGAAGGACGGAGCCUCCUCCUCAACAUCUGUGCCUCAAAGCCCCCUGAAGAAUAAGGCCCUCUCCAGGGAUCUCAAACCCACUGCCAGUCCCCAGAAGCCAGAGCUCCGUGCCAAGCCUGCUGUUGUUGGGCCCACUGUUCCCCAGGAAAAGGCCACUCCUGGAGGUCCUGCAGGUGUCAAAUCUUUCCUGGAGCGCUUUGGAGAGAGGUGUCAGGAGCGUAACAACCCCAGUUCUCCAGCAGGGGGCACUAUCCAGGCCAAGACUCCCACUGUAACUCCAUCAGUCACACCAAACACCAGACUGGUACAGGAGAGACUCAGAGCUGCCCAGGCGUCAAACACAACCACCGCUGAUCUGGCCCAAAGACAGAAGAUGGAGCGUGAGUCUGAGCUGGCUCAGAUCCGCAGUCGCUUCCAGAAAGGAAACAAUAUGUGGAAAAACAAAGAUGAAGCAACAGAAAGCGACAAAAACUCUGAUAUCAAGGAGCAGCUUGUCAAACCAUUGGAGAGUGAAGUUGUCCCACGUGAGCCACAGGAUGAGAUGUCUACUGAGAAACCGGAUACACCCACCAUGUUCACUCCACCAGCAGGUCAUGGUUUGGUGGUCACGACUCCGGCACCAACAUCCAGUCCUCUGAAGGUGGUUGCCCCAACUGUAGAGACGCCAACUGCUGAAAUACCACAGACAGAGGAGGUGAUCACGGAGAUAGAGUCGAAUGUGGACCAGUCCAUCAACUCCGCAGUCAUCAACGAGCUGUUUGAUGGAGUCCUGGAGCAGAGCGAAGAUCAGGACGAGGAUGAAGAUGAGGAGGAAGAUGCUUUGAAUAUCUCUUCCAUGUCCCUCCUCACUCCACUGGCAGAGACUGUGGCUGCUGUGGUGAGGAGUCCAGGGGAGAGAAUGAUGACCUCUACUCCAGCCAGUUCAUUCAUUAUUAAGAACAAGACUCCAGACAGCGACGCCAAACCCAGCAAGUUCCAGAGAGCUAACAUCAUACGGACUGCCUCCUCAGACAGCGUCGAAGCCUCAGAUGAAGACCAUAAACUGCCGUACAGCAUUGAUGCGUACAGGUCCACCAGAGUGAAGGAGACAGAGAGACCCAGUGUGAAGCAGGUUAUUGUGAGAAAAGAGGAUGUUUCUCACAGAGCAGAGGAGCCCAGAGGAUCCAGUCUCUUCAGUAUCAAACAGAGGAUGAAGAUUCUGACGAAUGAGAUCAAUCUGCAGCAGACGGUCAUUCAUCAGGCCAGCCAGGCCCUCAACUGCUGCACCGACGAGGAGCAUGGCAAAGGAUCCCAGGUGGAGGCUGAGGCAGAGAGGCUGCUGCUGGUCGCAAUGGAGAGGAGGGAGGCACUGAGGGCAGAGCUGGAGCUUCUGAGAGGAGGUCCAGCAGGACAGAAAAAGGCUCCUGCCGCCCCAGAACCCACCGGCAUGUCCGCCUCCAAGGGCUCCAUCACCCUGCAGGAGCUGCGCCUGCCUCUCAAGGCAGACUUUGUGUGCUCCAUUGCCAACAAGCCAGAGUCAACCAAACAUUCCUUCUUCAUCAUGAUUCGGGCUGGAGCAGAGAACACAGUGGCCACUCCGUUGGCCAGCACACACCGAGGCCUCAGUGGAGACACCCUCACCUUCCCCACCAAGUUCACCACAUCUGAUGUCUCCAGUGACUUUGUAAUUGAUAUUGAAGUCUAUGGACUGGUGCAGAAACGUGACGUCUGCAGUGACAAGAAGAAGAAGCCAAGCAAAUCAAAGGCUAUCACUCCAAAGAGAUUCCUCGGCAUCACUAAAAGUGGACAGACACCAGUUGUGGCCAGUCCGGGAGGCCCCAAUGCUGUCCGCACCAGUAACUUCGUCCUGGUUGGAUCACACAAGCUCAACCUGUCCUCUAUUGGGAAAAACAAAUUUCCUUUGGAGAAGAUCAAAUAUGAAGGAUGUGAAAGAGAACUACUCAGUGGCAUGUUUCAUACCAAGGUGCCGUUUCUGUGCCCCCUGGAGGGCCACGUCUACCUCAAGAUGCAGUGCGAAGUUGGCUCAAAGGUGGAGGAGAGGGGCUUCCUGACAAUGUUUGAAGAUGUUAGCGGGUUUGGAGCGUGGCACAGGAGGUGGUGUGUCCUGUCGGGGUACUGCAUCUCCUACUGGACCUACCCAGAUGAUGAGAAGCGCAAGAAUCCCAUCGGCCGUGUAAACCUGGCUAACUGCACCAGUAAGAAAGUGGAACCAGCCAACAGAGAGUUCUGUGCCAGACCAAACACAUUUGAGCUCAUCACAGUCAGACCACAAAGAGAGGAUGACAAAGAGACACUAGUCAGUCAGUGCAAGAAUACCAUGUGUGUCACCACAAAUUGGCUGAGUGCCGACACUAAGGACGAGAGGAAUCUGUGGAUGAAGAAACUGAACCAGAUCCUGCUGGAUCUGCGUAUGUGGCAACCAGACGCCUGCUACAAGCCACUGUAAACACUGCACUUUGUCACAAUUAGCCCUGUUAUCUUUGGGAUCGUCGGCAUCAGUGACACACGCAAAUGCUAAGUGCAAUACAGUAUGAGAAUUGUUAAAUAUUUUUUACUUGUGGUUAUUCUACAGGAGAUGGUGAUCACACACAUAAGUUAUAGAGCCGAAGUAAAUAAAGCCAUAUGUUUGAAACGUUUCAGGACAGUAUUUUUGUGCAGGAGUCUGAGUUGGACCCUGUAUUUUCUACAUUUCUACACUGAUUUGAGGACUUUUUAUGUUAAUUCCAGUACUUAGUGUGCUUGACUCAUGAUAUGUGGCUUUAACUUAUUUGGUUGAAUUGCAGAAAUCAAUAUAUAAAUGGUGUUGAAAAUACAGAUGAAUACAAAUUUGAAGCACCACGGUUUUAUCACUGAAUGAGUGCUCUAUAUUUUAUCCUGCAUGAGAGCACAGAAGAAUGCUGAUACUUCUGGUAAGGUUUCACUUUAUAUAUAUAUAGAUAUAUAUGUUAGCUUUUAGGACUUGUGGCAGGACUUUCAAUUGUUUUUUUGUUUUUUUCUUCAUUGCCACGCACAAGUUUUUGAAUCAUUUUAUUCCCCAGCUUUCAUUCUGUUUGCACUGCUUUAUCAAUGUUUGUGUAACUGUUUCAGAGUGGAAGCUAAGGUCUGUUACAUACUCUGUGCUACAGGAUGACCAAUGCUGAUGUUUGACAGUUUAAAAACAUCAGAUGCAUUUUUGACAAGGAUCCCUUGAAUUUGUAGAUAACAGAGUCGUGUCCACCUAUUACCAAAAAAAAAAAAGGUCACUUCUCUGUUUUGGAAAAAAUGUAACAGCAACACUUUCUGUAAAUGACCUUAAACACAUAUUCAGCUUUCCUUUAUCUCAGUUUAUUAGUUACUGGCCAACAUAUACACUGAUAUUGAUCUAUAUUUUUUUUAUAUCAGCCUUUCUAAAAAAAACCCAAACUAAAUGCAACAGCAUGUUUUAGACUGCAUCACCUGUGGUCUGAAAGAGUAUGUAACAGACAGUGGCCCUGCAGGUGUAUGAAUUUUUAUUUCAUUUGUGUGUAGGUAGGAGAUUAAGCUUUAUCAGCACGUUGAUAAUGAGCACAGAUUUACAUCACCUCACAGAUUUGUUUCUGCAUACAUUCUUCAUACAUUUUCCUCAUGAAGAAUAGGAGUGAGCUAGAAAUAUGAGAGCUUCAUCAUUUACUUUAACUCAAGUCCUUCAGUUGGCCAAGUAAAUGUGGAUCAAUGAGACUGCAAUAAAUUCCUGCUUGGACCAAAAUGGAUCCGGUUACUAAUGGUUCUUAUGUCCUUUUUUUUUUUUUUAAAUAUUAUUUUACUGAUCAGAAAUAUUAAAUGGAAUCUUUAACUGUU